AUGAAGAAUAAAAUCUCUUUAAUGUGCUUAUAUUUAUUCAAAUUUUCUACAAACAGCUUUAACCUCAGAUACUACCGAUUUGUCCAUGCCAUUGCUUUUGCUACCAGAGAAAUUAAUGACAUUCCUGAUUUGUUGCCAAAUGUCACUCUGGGAUUCAAGAUUUAUGACUCCUGCUACUCAGAAGUUAGAGCUAUAAUGGGAACAAUGUCUUUGUUAACUGGUCUGGGUGAACCUGUUGCAAAUUAUCGAUGUGGGUUAAGCUCACUGCUACCAGCUAUCAUUGGAGAUUCACCAUCAGCUUCCUCAGUGCCCAUGGCACGGCUGCUUGGAGUAUACAAGUAUCCACAGAUCAGCUAUGGCUCAACAGUCAACCUUCUGAGCGAUAAGCAGCAGUUUCCUUCUUUCUUGAGGACAGCCCCAAACAGUGAUUUCCAGGCUGUUGUCAUAACAUACUUGUUAACUUAUUUUAAGUGGACUUGGAUCGGUAUUCUUGCAUCUGACAAUGAAUUUGGUCGAGAGGGCAGUCAGCAGGUGAUAAAAGAAGUUCGAGCUACUGGUGCCUGCAUUGACUUUAUGGAAAUUCUCCCUGCUCAUAAUUCAGUGAGCAAACUCCUUCAGAUUACCGAAAUAAUCAAGGCAUCUGAAGCUAACGUUAUUGUAAUUUACGCCACACAACAGUACCCAUUGCCGCUGAUGAAAGAAUUAUCUAUGCAAAAUGUAAGUGGCAAGGUUUGGAUUGCUCUUUCAAGCUGGAUAAUCUCCCCAGUGUUUUCUAACAAAGAAAUCAUAAAAACUCUUAAUGGCACUAUCGGGUUUGAAAGUCACCAAGGAGGAAUACCUGGGUAUAGAGACUACUUGUACAGCCUUCAUCCUUCCAAAUUUAUUGAUGACAUAUUUAUCAAACUGUUUUGGGAGACUGCAUUCAACUGUAAAUGGCCUCUAGAUGAUAUAGACACAACAUCUUUGAAUGAAUCAGUGAAGGCUGGGAAAAGUAUUUGCACUGGGAAAGAGAAGGUGGAGACGAUUGAUGUUGCAUUAUUUGAUGUAUAUUCAUUCAGAAAAACAUAUUGCACUUACAAUGCAGUAUAUGCACUGGUGCAUGGCUUGCACAAUCUUUUGAUGUGCAGACCUGGCGAUGGACCCUUUCAGAAUAAGACCUGUGCAGUCAUUUAUCAUUUUCAACCAUGGCAGCUUCUUCAUUAUGUCAGGAAUGUUCAUUUUAUUAAUACGGAUAAUGAGGAAAUAUACUUUGACAGCAAUGGUGACCCUCCUGCUGUGUAUGACAUUCUCAACUGGCAGGCAUUCCCUGAUGGAAGCAGUCAAUAUGUGCAAGUGGGUUUGUUUGAUUCAAAAGCACCUAAAGAACAAAAAAUUAUUAUUAAUGUCAGUGCCAUUUUAUGGAAUCAUGGAGAGAGGCAGGCACCUGCAUCUGUCUGCAGUAACAGCUGCCUUCCUGGGUACAGAAAAGCUGCACAACGUGGAAAAGCAAUCUGCUGCUUUGACUGUGUUCCAUGUUCUAAAGGAGAAAUAACAAACCAGUCAGAUGCCAGCUCUUGCACUCUGUGCUCUGAAGAGGAAUGGUCCAAUGAAAAACACAACAAAUGCUUUCCAAAGAGCAAAGAAGUUCUGUCUUAUGAAGAUCCUUUGGGAGCAGCUUUAGCUGCUGUCACAGUCGUAUGUGCUAUUAUGACUGCCAUAACCCUCUGCAUCUUCAUCAAAUACAGAGAAACUCCAAUAGUGAAAGCCAACAACCGUGGACUCAGCUAUUUCCUCCUGGUAGCAAUCAUGCUCUGUUUUCUCUGUUCCUUGAUCUUCCUUGGUUAUCCGGUGAGGAUCAGCUGCAUGUUACGACAAACUGCUUUUGGCAUCAUUUUUUCGAUGUGCAUUUCAUGCAUCUUAGCGAAGACAUUCACCGUAGUCAUUGCUUUCAGUGCCACACAUCCAAAUAGCCAUCUAAGAAAAUGGCUUGGAUCUGGGACACCAAACUUCAUAAUAAUCAUCAUCUGCAUUUUAAUUCAGGUGAUGAUAUGCCUUGCUUGGUUAAUUAGUUCUCCUCCAUUUCCUGAGGUCAACAUGAAAUCCAGCAAUGAAAAGAUAGUAAUCGGCUGCAAUGAAGGGUCAAUAGUGGCAUUCUACGCCUUGCUAGGAUACCUCGGUUUGCUGGCUUCUGUGAGUUUUGUGACUGCUUUUAUAGCUCGGAGGCUGCCAGGCACAUUUAAUGAAGCUAAAUGUAUCACUUUCAGCAUGCUAGUUUUUGUUAGUGUUUGGCUGUCAUUUAUCCCAGCCUAUCUUAGCACUCAGGGGAAGUACAUGGUUGCUGUAGAGAUAUUUGCUAUCUUAUCUUCUAGUGCUGGUCUACUAGGUAGUAUAUUUUUUCCAAAAUGUUUUAUCAUACUUCUACAGCCUCAGAAGAAUACCAAAGAGUAUUUAAAAGGAAAGGAAAAACCCAGGACGUAA